AUGAGUACGUCGAAUACAGUUGGAAAUGAUGGAUGGUUUAAAUUGCCCAAUUCACCUGAAUCAAUUCGGAAUGUCAUUCAGAUCAAAUCCAAAUUAUUGAGAAAUGCAUUAGCGGAAGCUGUCGGUACAUUUAUCCUCUUGUUUAUUGGAACGAGUAUUAUUGCACAAUUGCAUCUGCCCAAUGGUGCUGUUAAUACAUGGGUUCAAAUAAAUGUCGGAUGGGGUUUCGCUAUAACGAUAUCCGUUACAUCAGUUGCACAUAUUUCUGGUGGACAUUUAAAUCCGGCAAUAUCAAUACUAUUCUUCACGAUGGGCGCAUUGGAUAUUAUAUCUUUACUGAUAUAUAUUAUUUCUCAACAUAUUGGCGCAUUUUUUGGUGCUGCAGCAACCUAUGUCAUUUAUCGUGAUGCAAUAAACAGCUACGAUGGUGGCUUCAGAGCUGUAGCGGGUCCAAAUGGGACAGCUGUCAUCUUUGCGACAUAUCCGCAAGCAUUUGUAUCUCCCUUAACUGCAUACUUAGAUCAGAUUGCUGGAACAGGUCUGCUUGCAUUUUGUGUAUUGUUGAUUAUUGAUCCACGGAAUAAAAUUCCUUCCGUAGCUCAUCCAUUAUUAUUCGGUAUAUCAUUACUUGUUAUUGGGUGCGGAUUUGGAUUGAAUUGUGGUUAUCCGUUAAAUCCAGCAAGAGAUUUUGCACCACGAAUAUUCACUUAUUUCAUUUAUGGAAAAGAAGUUUUUACAUAUCCAUGGUGUUGCUGGUUCCUCGUACCAAUAAUAGGCCCAACACUUGGUGCGCUAAUUGGUGGUUGGUUUUACAUAGUGCUAAUUGGAAGUCAUAUACCGGAUGAGGAGACAGUACACGAAGAAAAGUGA